GAAACAAUACUUCCAUUUCUUUGGCUCCUUAAUCUUGCGCAGUUACUUGACAGUUCUAGACUUUUCAAGUGGGGCUCAAUAGUCUUAUACUUUACAAUAUUCUUUUUAUUUCAAUCAUUUCUUGGAUGAUCUGCCAAGCUUUUCUUGAUUGUAUCAAUACGUUAUAUAUUCAGCAAUCAAACCAAGUAAGUUGACACAGUAUACCCACAAGUAGGUUGUUCUAAUUCCACGAGAUGUAUUGGUUUCUAUCUCUGACCUUUAGAAAACAUAUAUGCUCAUUGAAACUGCAUUGCUAAAAAGUUAAACAGGAGAGAAGAAAGGAAAAUAAUCGAGUCUGGUAUGUUCUGUGUCCAGGAAGACUGUAAAAGUGAAACAAUGUAACCUUAUGGAAAUUUGACCUCCCAAACUAACCCAUUGGAUGACCAGACCUUGGUAAAACACCCACUUACAAAAUUUGCAGCAUUCUACCGUAUUUUUUUCGUUGAGAAAACGCAAAAGCCCCAAACGGACAGAAAAGAAAAGAAAACAAUUACAGAGUGUCCCUUGGGCUUUGAUGUAAUUACGUUUGUAUUAACAUUAUAAAUUAUUAUAAGACAUGGUAUACUGGCAGAAAGCCUCAAACUUACCAACAAACAGGAUUUGUUAGCACCCAUACUUUGUGAUGUGGCAAGUGAAAAAUCUUUCGGUCACAGAACCGAACCAUUUGGCUGGCAACAGAAGCAAUGGCCUGAAAAGGAAAAAGAGAGAAUGUUGAAAAAAUAAGCUCCGUGUUUCUCCAGCACAUAAAAAUGCCUGCUACAAAUCAUGAGGUUAUCACGAAUAUAUCCAACAGAAGAAAGAAACAUACCUGGUUAAAUGUAGAACAUGCUGGCAGCCAGCAGCAUUCCUCUGAAUAAUAGCUUGAGCGUGCAAUUAUGUCAAGAUCCACCACCAAACUAUACCAUUCUUAAUUAGCCCUUGCCUCUAAUAAGUGGAACACGGCAAUGCGAUGGUUCAUCUCGAGGGUAGCAGACCACAAUAGAAAAUGUAGUGAACAUGAGACGACUUUGGUGUUGUAAUCGAUGCACUGCUGGCAGAUCUCAAGGCAUAGCAGACAAUAUCAUGGAGAUGUAAUGGCAUGAUUCUUCAUGUCUACCAAUCAGAUGCUACAGUACAUCUGUGCACUUCUCUGUAUAAAUAGGCGUCAGUGGAACGGUAGAUACAUCAAACUAGAAGCUCUUCUUUCCAGCUCCCCCUCGUUUCUGCAUCCAGUAUACAGAGAAAAACUUCAGGAUCAGAUAUGGCUUUCCACCUAAGAUCAAUAAGUUUGCCUUCUAGGCCUCAUGUCAGUGAGACCGAAGUCGAGCAAGAACUCCAUAGCCUAGAAGCAAGCAUCUCUUCCUCUAAUUCCAUCGGCAUGAUGUGCAAUGGUCUCAGGGGUCUUGCAAACAUCUACGAUGGUCUUGAAGGGAUCAUUUCGCUACCAAGCCACCAAGCUUGCUCCUCCCAGCAGAGGGUGAUGUUGGAUGGAGAACUGGAAGGUUCUCUCGAGCUCCUAGAUCUCUGCGGUGCCAUGCAAGAGAUCUUCGUCGAGAUGAAGGCCAUCAUCCAAGAGCUGCAAGUGGCUCUAAGGAAAGGGGAAGUUGCAGCUGCUCAAGCCAAGAUUCAGUCUUACACCCGCCUGUCGAAGAAGGCCAGGAACCAUUUCAAGAAGGCCACGAAGAAGGCUCCUGCGGAUUGCAGGAUGGUCAUGCUAUUGGCCAAGGCCAGGGAGGUCUCUGCCUCUCUCCUGGAGUCCACACUCCACCUUGUGUCGAAGCACAUCGAAAUGCCUAAACAGUCUCUUGUUUCCAAGGCAUUUCACAAGAAGAAGGCGGUUGUUUGUAAGGAGGAAGAAUUGUCGGAGUUAGAGUGCAGUAUCGGAGAUCUUGAGAGUGGAGCAGGACAUCUGUUCAGGAAAUUAGUCCAGAGCAGAGUUUCUCUACUCAACAUCCUUAGCUCAUAGAUAUUCCCA